AUGGCGACGCUGCCGCAGCGGUUCAAGCUGCUGGCGACGCGGUGCGCGGCGGGGGCGCCGAGCCCGUCGCGCAGCCCCGCGCCGGGCUACGCGGGGGCCGCCAGCCCGGGGUACCGCCUGCGCCGCCGGGGGGUCCGGGGCGCCGCCGGGGCCACCACCGCCAGCGCCAGGCGCCGCGGGCGCCUGCGCCGCUUCCUGUGCCGCCGCCGCGGCGGCGAGUCUGGGGUAGAGACGCUGGCGGCCGCCCGGCAGGAGGACGACAGGAAGCCGCUCUUCGGCGGCCGGCCGGGCGGGGGCCGCACGCUGCGGGAUCUGUUCGUCGCGUCCCCGGAGGCCGGGCGCCGCAAAGGCGGGUGCAGCUGCGACUGCGGCGACGACGAGGAUGACGACGAAGAAGACGACGGAAGGGCGGGCGGUGCCAGCUCGGAUCCCGGCGGCGUCGGCGGCGGCGCGUGGCGAGGGGGCCGGAGGUUCGGCUCCGGUGGGCUGCGGAGCUUGCUGAUGCGCCGGAGCUGGCGCCCGGUGCUGGUGGCCAUCCCGGAGGGGGACGGCGGCAGCAAGAUCGAGCUCGGCGCCAUCGAGGAAUAA